CUCUAUAAGAGGCAAUUAUCUGUCCCUAAAGUGGCUUUUUACUGCAGCAUGCAAGGAAAAUAACCUUAAUGAGUGACUAAUUCAGUAAUCACUAAACACUGUUUUUUUUUUUCUGCCUUUUUUUUUUUAAAAUUCAGAUAUUUUUUUAACAAGUUCCAUUUCGCCUUUUCACCUCCAUCAUCACUGCUCGGAUCUGAUUUGGAAAACAAAUCAAAAGACCCUCUGUGGUGACGACCACGUCGCCACUUUCUGCUCCCUGAAUGUGUAUUAAAAAAACCCUCUAGCAGAGCUGCUCUUGUCAUUUUGUCUCGUCUGUCUUCAAGCAUGAAUCCUGAGAGCUGCAGUGUGUUGUUACAGUUGAAGCACAAACACAAAUCCAACAUUCACUCGCACAACAGACGUGCAGUAACGACCCCACUUGCCAGUCCUAGGGAAGCUGAACAGUCAACAGGUUUUUUUGUGGAGUCAUUGUAAAAUGAGGCCCAGAUGAGGCAGUGGACAAGAAAAGUUCCACAGAGGUGUGUUGAGCCAUUAAUGAGUGACUAUAAUAAGCAGUUGUUCCUGAAUAAUGAGCCCCUGCAUGUUGAAUUUAGAAUUAAAUCACAAGGGGACCACAAACUAUCAUGCAAUUGAAUAGAACAGGGAACGUAACAGGCCUGCAGUGAAUGCUAGUUAAAGGAAGUGAACACAAAUGGCUCCAAAUAUCAUUACACAUAAAAGACAAACAAGGUCCUCAAAUUGAUGGGCGUGUGCCCAAAGAUUUGAAAAUUGCGAAAUUGGUGUUUGCGAGAUAUUUGCCUGUUUCAGUCCAAACACAAGCUUCCCAUCCACAUGCCUAUAAUAUACAAGGGUUUAAUGUUCCUUUCUCCAUCUUGUGUGUAAAUAUAACUUGACUGGUUGUGUUUAGCAUCAGACAUUCAGAUCAAACUAGAGUGCACGUGUGCCUUGAUAUUCUUGCCUAAAUCCCCCACAAAGCUUUAGAAACAUAAGCUAAGGAGGCCACAGUUGUCCCCGGCACCUCCUGAACACGCACCGUGUUGUAGACGUCCUGUCAGCUCGCCAAACAGUAGACGCAUCCUGGCCAAAAUCAUGCAGUGGCAAGCAGCGCUUUCAGCUGUGGCCGGAAUGCUGUAAACUGUAAUCCUCUGCUAGGAGUCACCAGCCAGAGCAGAGCGGGGAGAGGCUGCUGGGCGCAGUUGUUUUGGCAGCUGAGGCGUGACUUUGCAGUAGCUGAAGUGGUUGAUAAUGAGAUGAAUGACUCCGGGGACUGAGCAAAGAAAAUCAUUUCCCGCAUGCUGGGGUUUAAAGUUUACUACAGAAUUGUGACCAGAAUAAAAUAAAGACUUCUUAUGAAAUCACCCUUUUCCUGUAGUGUCGCUUUGACACUGCAUUCAGGGACUUUUCCCCCUCUCCUGCAGUGUUACAUAACUUUGCAGUAUUGGCCACUGGUGAGACAGCAAUCCAGCAACAGUGUGGCAAGACUGUACUAAUUAAAAUCAACGCUGGUACGCCACUGACUGCAUGCAUACACUGUGCGUUUAUGCAGAACAGCAACAGGAGAAGCUUCCAAAACUGCACCGAUGCAAGUGAAACAUGAAGUGAUGCAAAACUUUCAUGUCAGCAGAGCCGUCAGAGGGGACUCUAGCAUAUGGCAGCCAACAUGGCGGAUUGUUACUGGCAUACACCGAAAGAAGGGGAUCGUACCUGCAGACUCAUGAAGUGCACAUGACGCAAACUUCCUGGUGUGCGACGAUCCAAUUUUGAUGCAGUCGGCACUUCAGAGACACAGACAGGCAGACCUCCACCGACCCGAGUACAGACACAAUGGAGUGAGUGCUGGCUGCUUCAUGACCCGAUCACACUGUCUACUCUGCUGUUUAGUAUCUAUUUUUAGAUGCUCUUGAUAGUGCAAACUUGCAGUUAGUGUGUAGGGGGUAAGAAGCACAACUUAAAGGUCUUUGUGCGUAACAGUAAUUGCAGUGGCAUUCUUAUAUGAUUAUAAUGAGGCUAUUAUGUAAUUAGAGAUAAAUGAACUCAUAGUUUGAUUAAAGAGAAUUAAUACCUGUCUUCACAAUGACGAAGCAUGUGAAGCUUUUCAUACACAAAAUGCCAAAAAUUAGUUGGAAGGGCUGCUGGUUUUAACAUUUUAGAAGUCAGGUUUUCAUCUUUGGAUGUUUUAUAAACUAUUAGAUCGAAAGAAAUUCAUCAAUAAUCAAUUCACUGACUAUCAUCCCAUUUUAGAGGAAUUCUCAAAGGCAGUGUGAUUCAAGUCAUACCGUUAAAGAACUUGAAGGUUCAACACUCAACUGACCUUUGAGCAGAGAUUAUCAUUAAACUUUAGCACAAGACAAAUCUAUAUCACACCUUCUUGUUUCUCUAAACACUGCUGACCUCCACAUGCUGUCUCUGACCUGCUUUUCUUUCCCCACUGCUAUCUUCACCCAUGCACUCACCCUUCUCUUUCUGCCUCCCUGCCAGUUGGUCAUCAUCCUCCUCCUCCAGCCUGAUGGCCAGCAGCAACGUGACCAACAAGACCGACCCCCACUCCCUCAACUCCCGCGUCUUCAUCGGCAACCUCAACACCCUGCUGGUCACCAAGGCUGAUGUGGAGGCGAUCUUCUCCAAGUACGGCAAGAUCGUCGGCUGCUCCGUCCACAAGGGCUACGCCUUCGUCCAGUACUCCAACGAGAGGAACGCCAGGGCCGCCGUGGCCGGGGAGGACGGCCGCAUGAUCGUUGGACAGGUGCUAGACAUCAAUCUGGCAGGUGAACCGAAGCCUCAUAGAUCGAAGACAGUGAAGCGAUCUGCAGGAGACAUGUACAGUUCAUCUUUUGAUUUGGACUACGACUUCCAAAGAGAUUACUAUGACAGAAUGUACUCCUACCAGUCCCGGGUGCCUCCUCCCCCUCCCCCUCUGUCCCGCGCGGUCAUCCCCUCCAAACGUCCCAGGGUGAGCCUGAGCAGCGGAGGGAGCCGACGAACCAAGACCAGCUUUUCCUCCUCCUCCUCCAAGAGCAGCCAGAGAACUUCACAUACAAGUAGGUUCCUCACAGAGUCAUCCAUGCCGUCUUUACUGGUGACUUCCAAGGGUCAUCUCAGUAGUGGCUUAUCCCAUACUUCCCCUACAGUGAAGGCAGAUGAUCUACAGACCAUAAAAAGGGAGCUUACACAGAUCAAACACAAGGUGGACUACCUGUUGGAGAGCUUAGACCGCAUGGAGAAGGACCACAGCAAGAAAUCAGAGAUGAAAAGCUCCAAACCUGAGCCAGGUGAAGUGUCUCCUCUCCACUCAUCUACCUCCAGCAAGAAGGAAGACAGUCUGAAGAGGGGCAAAGAGAGCCGGGAGCUGAAUGACUCAGAGGAGGAGGGAGACCUGCUGGAGGAUGAAGAUGAGACGAAAAGCAGAGGGAGAGAGGACGAUGAUGAUGACGAAGGUGAGCAGGAGGAAGGAGAAGACGAUGGCGAUAGUGCUAACGGAGAUGAAUCCUGAAUGUGAAACACACACACUCACAUUUCUCCACACCAGACUUGUACGCAGUGGUCAUGUCUGCUGAACUGACUGGACAGUUAUUUACAUCAUAUAGUAGCUAUCACUCCUCUCAUGCACAAAUUCACAGAUAUGAGAAGUACUUGUUUCAGAAUUUUCUUUCAAGUCGGGAAGGUAAAUAUACUCUUUCUUUUUUUUUUAUUUUGACUUUUUAUAUGAACAUGUUUCUGCUUCUUUCACAUAAACAGCAAACUCAGCCGAGCUUAACUGUAACGUUUUAUGUGUUUGAAGGAUUUGUCAAAACGGAUUAAAGAACUGAUUUAAAAAUCGAGUUCCUUACCAGCUAUUAGCUAGCUAGCUCAAGUGCUGCGGUUUGAACUAGAGUGUAGUCUUUAAUGCUGGUGGGCUCCUGCUAGACGUUUUAACAUUUAAAAUGUAUUGCUGAUCCAGCUGCUGCACAGCUGCCUCCUAACCAGCAGGUGGCAGUGUGUCCCAACAAGUGGCCCACACAAAGGCCACAAAGAGUACUUCUUUUGUUCUCAGAAAAUCUUGGACUUCUGCUUGUCGGAUAAUGCCACAAGCAUGCGCUCGUUUGUGGCCACACAGAUCCCCACUGGUCCUGAAAUAGUCUUGUGUGCUGCGGAGGUGUGAUGACCUUUACUGACCUUGACUUGUGUAAUGCAGUGAUGCUCCAUGUUUGUUUGUGUCCGUUUCUUUUGUUUCCUGUUUCAUCUGACUGCACUGGUAAAAGUGAAUAAACAUGUUUUCCAGU